AUGGCUUCCAACCAGCUGGCAUGCACCAACCCCUGCGAGGCAAAGUGUCCCCAGCCCCUGGCCACCAGCAGCAACGAGCCCUGCGUCGUGGCCUGCGGGGACUCCCGGGUGAUUAUAUACCCGCCACCCGUCGUCGUCACCUUCCCAGGGCCCAUCCUCACCACCUACCCGCAGCAAACCGUCGUGGGAGCUUCAGAGCCCUCCGAGGUGGCCCUGGCAGAGCCCCCUGCCUCAGCACCUCUGCCAGCAGAGGUGACAGGGAGGCUGGAGGCAGCAGUUGACAAACUUGCACCCCAGGUCAUUGCCCGACCUGAGCCACAGUGUGCCCCAAAAUAUUCCUACACCUAUUCUUCCCAAUGGACACAUCCAUGCAAUUCAUAUCGCUCUGGGAAACGGUGGACAUACUAA